CGAGCACAAUGGUCUCUCGAACACGUCAAACUUUCUGUCAUUGUUCGUCUCUGAGGAUAAGCAGAAAGAAGCCAGCACUCCUUACAGCACUGUUAUAGGUAAACCGGAACACGGACCAUGAGGAGAAGAAAGAAGUGCAAGAAAGGAGUAAUUGAGCCUUGUGGAAGGUGGGUCUCAGGACUCUGCUUGGGGCAUGAAGACAAGAUGGGACGCCAUGAUUCACGAUUUUUUACAACACUGUGGCGCCGUCUGCUGGUCAAACAGUGUGAGUACGUCUUAAAAACACUAAUAACUUACACAUUUACCUGCAUGUAUUUCUAUUUAAGGGUUAUAUAAUAUAAUACAUUAUCCUACUUACUAAUAAAACUAUAUAAUAAUUAUAAGAAUAAAUUAAAAAUAAACAUUUAAACAAUAAACUCAUAUUUAAAGUAGUAAAAUUCCAGAACUGAUACAUCUACAUCCAGAACAUUCACAAUAAUAAUAAGAUAAUAAAUAAAUAAAGAUAAUAAUAAUGCACUUACAGCUUCCAUGUGUUGUACCUGGAUUAGAUCUUCACCUCUGAAGCCUGUAUUUUGAGGUUUCCUCUAGGUACUCUGGUUUCCUCCCACAUCCCAGAAGCAUGCAGAGGGUGGAUUGGCUUCUCUAAGCAGAAUUCUCUGGCCAUGUGAUGAAUUGGAUCCUUGUUCAAGAGAUGUGCUCUGGGCGGCACAGGACCCAAUGUGAAUGCUGUCUCACAGAGCACUGGGGUAAUUUGGACCUGCCCCCCUCACACCAGACACCAUGUUAAUCUACAUUAGUUACCAGAAAUUGAGGAACUGGCCCGAUCGUACACACAGGACGAGGUUCUGUUACCUGUGUUCAAUAUGAGGCCAGUUUCAGCAUGGCCGGAGUUACAGGUUGGGUCGACUUUGACCUGCUGCAGAAGAACGCCACCUUUAACCUCAUGGGUAUCAACAUCGCAACCUGUGGUUCCUUUAACCUGUCCAUCACUGAGUUUCCUGUCAUGUACGGGCAUGUCGCCCAGCCCUGUGAGAAUGCCCACAUAGGCGAUCGUGUCCUGUCCUUCCCUGUUGCCUCAAAAAGUACCUUUUUCAACAUGGACAUCUCUGCUACGCUCGCCAAUAUGUCCAGUUUGGAUGCUUACUCUUUACUGGUGGAGACGUGUAGUGGUGCAAAGGCUUGUGCGGGAAUACUACCCAUCUCAGACGUCACCACGUUGCAGGCUCGGUUCUUCGGUAAUCUGGCCGGCAACGUCUACGUCCGGCGGGUAUCAGGGGAACCGGACGCCACUCUCCUGGCAGACCUGGUUGAUCUGAAUCGGACCGACUCGUCUGUUGCUGAUGUUUAUUCGUAUCAAAGUUCUGCUCCAGACUGUCAAGCACUGCUGACCAGCUUAAACCCAAACAGCCUUAAAUAUAUGGGACGGUUGAAAAUCGGCGCCCCCCAGAGGCCGGUCAAAUCCCGUCUGAAGGUCCCGUCCCACGUCGAUGAGUCUCACUUCGCUCUGUUCGGAUUUAGCUCGGGGUAUUCGUGUGCCAAGUUUCGGAUCUUGGAAGCGAAGUCGGUGAGCGCUGGGAUAAACGUGAGGGGGGAGAAAGGUUACCUGGCCUUUUAUCAGAAGUCUCCCUUCCACCCCACACUUCUGACGGUGAAUUUAACCAAUCAUAACUUAAGCGUUGGACAUUACCACGUUCAUCAGUUUCCCACCCCGGAGUUACAGUCGCCCCCUCAGAGCACUUGCAGCAAAGACAACGUCGGGGGUCACUGGAACCCUUUUGGGGUGGACACCCAAGCUCCCAAAUAUCCACCGCCUGAGGGAUCUACUGACGAUAUGUACGAAGUAGGAGACCUUAGUGGCAAGCAUGGAUCUUUACAAGGUAAAUCAGACCUUCAUCUCUCAACGUUUGACUAUAACCUGCCCCUGUUCGGGCAGAACAGCAUCGUGGGUCGUUCUGUGGUUCUCCACGAGCCCGAUGGAACCAUGUUUGCCUGUGCAAGCAUCGGCUACCCUGGUGAGGUGGUUGUAGCCCGGGCCGUCUUUCAGACCCCAGUCGUAGGGUUCAUCCUUUUCACCCAGCUAAAAGCAAACCCUGACUCGGACGUGUCCGUGUUCCUGGAUCUGUCUUACGGACGCCCGAAUAUGCCGGCGACUCAGAAGCACCACUGGCACAUCCACACCUACCCCAUCAGCACGGAGACGGACAGCGACGAGACUCGUUGUGGCUCCACCGGUGGACACUGGAAUCCCUACAUGAUCAACAACAGCGCCAGCAGCUAUAAGCAGGACUGCAGACCCGAGAGUCCUUUCGCCUGUGAGAUCGGAGACCUGUCCACAAAACACAAGCCCCUCAAUUUGGCACCGAACUUAGGGAAGCUACCCAGCAAGAGCUUCUUCACGGACACGACGUCUUGGGUGACCGGACCGGACGGCAUGCUAGGCCGAUCCGUCGUGAUCCACGGUCCCGACGAGGCCGGCCUGCGAAUCGCCUGUGCCAACGUCAGCCUCCUCCGCCUCCCCGCCGCUCAGUCGGGAUCCUGGGAGGGACCGGGGUCGUCCAGGGGACACGUCCACUUCUUUCAGACUUCUCCCCAGGGUCCGACUAACGUUCACGUCUCUCUGGGUGGGCUGGAUGCCAGAGCUGGUGGAUAUCACGUCCAUGUGCUCCCAGUGAAGUCUGGAGUACUUGCUUGCUCCAACGACAACGUCAUGGGUCACUUCAACCCGCACGGCGUGAACGCCUCGGCGUCUCCUCUCCCAGGGGCCGGCACUGUGGACCAGUACGAGGUCGGAGAUAUCAGCGGCAAGUUCGGAACGCUGAAGGAUCAGGACCAGUUUGAGGGCCGUUACGUGGACGGUAACAUGCCCCUGAGCGGAGCCAACAGUAUCGUCGGACGCUCUCUGGUUAUCCACUACAAGGAUGGCACAAGGAUGCAGUGUGCCAAUAUAAGUGCAGUUAAGCCCUCUGACGGGUACGGGAUCACCGCCAGGGCCGUGUUUACCAGCAGCGUGAAGGGCACGGUAACUCUGUUCCAGCAGAGUUUUCCUGAUGGCAGCUACAGUGACGUGACCCUGCUGGUGGAUAUUAAUGCUAAUAAACAGCUUAAUGUCUCCAAAGUGUCCUGGUACAUAACAGAAGACCCUGCAGAUGGAUCUAGUGUGGGGUGUUCAGGAACGGGAGGAACCUAUAACCCAUUCAACAUGUCUGCUCAGAACCCUAGCUGUUCUUUUUCUCAUCUGGCCUGUGAGGUUGGAGAUCUAACCAGUAAGCACGGAUCCAUCAGUGUAACAGAGAGACAGCUCUACACAGAUACAAACCUUCAGCUAGCUGGAGACUUCACCGUUGUUUACAGAUCCCUGGUUCUUAGAGCAGGGACUAAAGCGAUCGCCUGUGCAGGAAUCCUUCCAGUAUCACCAUCCGCUCAGCAGAUCUUCCCAGUCGUCUCGUCCUUCAGCAGGUAUGAUUUCCGUAAGAGGGUUGCAGAUGUCCUACAGGUUCACCUGUCUAGGGUUUCAAUCCUACCUGGUACCCUCACGCCCAUGCCUGAAGGAAAAUGCCAGCAGGUCACCUUUCUAGUAUCAGGUGAGGUAGAUCUGACUAAACUGGCAUCUGUGAAGAACAGCGAGAAGAUGGGUCCGUACAAGCAGACUAAAGAGUGCACGACCAGUGGUGCUUCUGAUCUUCUCUCGUUCUGCAGUGGACGAGUUUACAGUGUCUCUCUGGCUGUAAUUUAUCUUCUCCACUUUCUUCUUUUGCAGUGAACAUGACCGUGAAAUCACCCGAAUCAUGAUGUAAGAGGGGGGUACAAACAAACCCAGCUUCAGGAGAGUAGGGAACAUGUAAAUAAAAACAGACAGCAUUGAUUUUACACUGGAAAGAGUACAAAAACAAAGUAUAACGUAACUUUAUUGUUUUGUGUAUAUAUAUAUAUUGGUACACUUGCAUUUUAUUUAGAUAUGGACCACACAAAAAGGUCAGAUUGUACUUCGCCUACAUGCAUGUCGACCAACCACAGCUCUUCUGGGAGAACGUGCUUUGGACAGAUGAAACUAAAUUUUUGGUAGGUUUUUCAGGAGGAAAAUGAACCUUUCAAGAAAAUAGUACCGUACUUAUGAACCAUGGUUGAGGCUCAGUGAUGUUUUGGGGUUGCUUGGCUGCUUCAAAUCUGUGCCGGGCACAGCAAAGUCAGAAGACUAUCAAGACAUUUUGAAGCAGUGUCCAGCCUCAUCUAAAAGCACCCGGGAUUUAAUGAAGACCAUUCUGAAGUGACCCGCUAUAGAUUCUGAUCUGAUUCUUAUUAAACCUUGUAGACAGACCUGGAUUUAUCGUGUUCAUUAAUUGGAAAGAUCACUCUGCUCAGUUACGAAUCAACAAAAUGAUUUAUUACAAACUGUGUAAAAGUCAACAGUACCAGUCACUCAGCUGAGGGCUCGUAAAAACUAACCUCAGGCUCAUGCAAAACGAAAAGUAGCGAGCCCCGAUAACCCUCACACACCUUCUUAUAUCUCCCUCGGGUGCGUAAGAAUAUACAUCCCUAUUUUGUUCUUAAACUGGUUUCAUCUGGUCAGCUUACUGUCCGAAAAACAUGUUCGCUAUCAUGUGUACACUUGUGACUGUUUUCUGUUUUGCCUACUAGCUAUCUGCUUCAGUUCACAAUGACCUGGCUUAUCUCCUGCCCUGGCUCUCAGUUUCACAAUAUCAUAAUCAGAGAUACAUGGUACAUUUAAUCAUUUCAUACACAUUAUACAAUUAAUGAUUUUACUUAUACAAUUAAUAAUGUCACAAAACCUGCAGCUGGAAGUUGCUUAUUGUGAAUUACAGUUGGUGCCUCCAACGGCUGUGCCACAAAAGGUUAAGGGUACUAAUAUUUUGUCCAUGCCAUAUUUGUUUGUUUUAUUAUGUAAACCAAAAAUAAAGUUUCUGUUUUAUUCAAUGUGAAAUAAAUAAUAAGAAAUAUAA